CACUCUUGCUCGUUGUUUGUACCAGCCGCGGUGAGUGGUAAUAAUUUGUGAUGGAGGAAUGGUGCACACCCAAAUACGUGUUUCUCUCCCUCUCUCUCUCUCAAAAGUGGGCGUCUGGCUAAAUCUUGUAGAACAGAAGCGAAGAGGGAAACUGGUUCCGUGGUUUGCCUUGCCGUUCCAAUCCCUGCGGUCUAAGUUUGAAUCUCAAUCUCAAUCUCAAUCUCAGUUCAGUGUUGAUUGCUGCUUCUAGCAUUCGUAAGUUGGUUGGGGGUAUUAUCGAUAAAUCAUCUUCCAAUUUCCUUUGUUUUGUUUUUUGAUGGGGGGGAGCAAUGUUGUGGAUGGAGUUGGCUACUUGGGCUUCUGGUCAUCGGGGCAUCAAAAUCGAGUGCGCCCUUUACCUUUUCAGAAGAAGAACACAAAUUUCUUCCACACCGAAGGAGGAGGAGGAGGAGUAGGAGGAGGAGGAGACAAGCGUCUAAAGAUUAAGCAGCAGCAUCGGCAACAACAGCACACAGUACCCUCUCUGAGGAGGACGGUUUCGAAUGGGUAUGUUGGGACUGGGAGAAACAACUACAUGAAAAGUAGUAAUAACAACAACAGCAGCCGAAUUUAUGAAAGGUUGGAAUCCUGUUUGGUCAUCCCUCCGCCUACUGGUAAAAAGCCGCGUGCAAUUGUCAAAUUCCUGGGUGGCGCCUUUAUUGGAGCAGUUCCUGAAGUUACAUACAGCUAUCUACUUGAGCUUCUAGCAAAUGAAGGCUAUCUUAUCAUUUCUGUGCCUUAUAAUGUGACCUUUGAUCAUGCUGAAGCUGCUAGAGAAAUUUAUGAGAGGUUCAUUGCAUGCUUGGAUAGAAUUUCAACAUCUGGAUUGCCCAGUGCCAACCUAACAGCUACUGAAUUGUUUAACCUUCCACUUUAUUCCGUUGGCCACAGUAAUGGUGCACUUCUCCAACUACUUACAGGAAGUUAUUUCUCUGAGAAGAUAGCAAAGGCCAAUGCCAUAAUAUCAUUCAACAACAGGCCAGCGACAGAGGCAGUCCCUUAUUUUGAGCAGUUAGGUCCUCUUGUUAGUCAAAUGGUGCCUGUUGUGGAAUCAUCUCCAAUUUAUUCCAUGGCUAGGAAUGUCUCAGGAGAUGCAUGGAAGACACUACUUGAUAUGGCUGCAAUGAUACCAGACUAUGAUCAGGAAGCUGUGGUUUCCUUAACCAAAUUUGUCGAUCAAUUGCCCUCAGUACUGAAUCAGGUCAGACAGGGGAUAUCGGAGUUCAAGCCAACACCCUCAGAGAAUCGUGAUUGUUUUAAGAACUCAUACAAUGUUGAGCACACACUACUGGUGAAGUUCAAUUUUGAUACGAUUGACGAGACAGAUCUCCUUGAAGAGACACUAAAGCCUCGUGUAGAGUCUAUAGGUGGAACACUAGAGAAGGUCUUAUUGACGGGUAACCAUGUCACACCUUGCGUACAGGUAAUCGCAGUUGAGAUUGUCAAGGUUUGGGUGAAGAAGCCGAGAUUAAAUUCUCACUGGGAGGAAGCAAAGAUGCAAAUUCAUAAUCAAAGAGAUGAGUUGAAACAAAAGAGCAACAAAUUGUGCCUUGGAAGAGAGAUUCAGAGAUCAAGAUGGCUAGCAGGAACCUAGAUGGCAAGUAGGAUAUUUGUACACUCCGGCAGAUGCUAUUGCUCAGGGUCUAAAGACUCUUUCAAUGAAUGACACUAGAGUUCUUUCCAAAGCCAUCACCACCUGGUUUACGCAGCUUCAGGAAUAAUGCAAGUGCCAAUGUUUAACCAAAUCAUAAGUUGUAUGUAAAUCUGACAGGCUCUUCAGUUCAAGGUUUUUGGGUUUAGCCACUCUCUCUACUCCUUUUAUAUAUAUAUAUAUAUAUAUUGGUUUUGAGCUUCACUCAACUCAAGUUGAUUGGCAGGAUUUUUAGUGUGGUGUAUAGUCUAGUAUAAAGAAAGAAGGGCCACUUUAUUGUGGUGGAAAGAAAUGAAAGCACAUGGCUGCUAUUGCACAUAUAUGCAUGACACGUGGAGAUAUAUUAUGUCGGACACACAAUAUACUUACAUCUUUCUCUCUCUCUCUCAAUAAUAUUUAAUAAAUAAACUUUUUGGGUA